GAAACAGCUCAGGUCAGCCCAGCCCAACCCUGCUGAUUCCUCGUUCCUCAUUCUUCCUUCUCUUACCCUUCCGUCCCUCCUUCCCGGUUGCUGCCGCUGCCGCUGCCGCUGCAUCUUGGCAUCACCUCUAAUUCCAUACUUUUAUUUCCUCCGCCUGCGAGAUGUGAUGCCGUAUCAUAUUGUUUCAUGAUUUACGGUAUACAAGUUUCUUCGUAUUUCUUUUUCUUCUUUUACGAAAUUAUAUUCACCUUCACCAUCGGAGUUUAGGGUUACAUGCUCUUUUUUAAUCCUUUAAACACCAUAACUUUGCUGCUUCUAAUAUAUAACUGAUUCAAUUUUCAAUUUUCAAUUUUGGCUUUCCCCCGUUUACCCUUUUCAUUCAAUGUUGAGAUGAAUCAAAGAUUAAGAGGAUCCCGCCCCCCUUUUAAUCUCUUCUCUUCGUGACUAGCAAUACCCACACUAUUAGCCUGCCUUAAUUUUGCAAUGGCCUUUGCUUUUCUUUAUAAGCUGCAAAACCUAUGGCCUUUUUCGGUGUUCAAAUUCGACGAUUUAAGAGCCUCCCGUGACUUAGUUCAGAAGCUUUUGAUACCUGACCGCAUUAAAAAGUUCGUUUUCGCCGUUAGGGUGCCUCACUCUCAAUCUGUCAUUUACAUACUUUCUGUUCAGAACUUAUCUGAGAGGUCGGCUGCUGAUGCCGAGUGUCUUAUUAGGGAACUUAGACCUGAGGCUGUCGUUGCUCAGAUUGGUAACCACGCGGCUCUCUCCGAUAUUCAAUCUGAAGACAGUCUUGUUGUUAACACUGUUCCCACUUCCUCUUUUGAAGUUCUCAAACGAUGCUUUGUUGAUAAGAUUAACAAGGACCAGUAUGAUAAUGUGGCUGGCAAUUUGGUUUUGAGAGAGAUAUUUGGUGUUGGUUUUCAUGGCCAUUUCUUGGCUGCCAAGAGGGCAGCAAGGGAGGUUGGUUCGGCUUUUGUGGUUCUUGAAUCACCGUUUCCUAAUAGUUUUCUUGAAUAUGAUCCCUCCAAGGAAGUUGAGGUAGGGAGCAAAAUUCAAGGUCCUGUUAAUAGUUUGGUUCCAAAAAAAGGCACUUCGGCUCCCGUUUCCAGUUUUACGAGGUCCUGUAUUAUCAAUGAUGUUCAGUCACAGAUGGUGAAGUUCUUAUCUUCACAUAUAAAUUUUUUGGAGCCUGGUUCUGUUUCUGAGGUGGGAACAAAUGAAAUUCAGCUGACAGCGAGUUACAAGGCUCCACCAUUUGCACAAUCAAUUUAUCCACUUCUUUUGGAUCUACAUGAUAUAUUUGUUGAUCUUCCUUCAAUGGGAAGAGCACUAGCACUUUCACAGAAGCUGCUUUUAGAUGUAAACAGAGGGGAAGUUGUGGAUACCAGGAUAAUGUCAGAAGUUUACACUUUUAGAAUUGCUGUUGAAGCACUGAGAAUUGCACUUAACAACGCUGGCCAGCUGCCCAUUGAGAAGCUACGGAAUGUCAGCACAUCUGAGAUUGCUUUCUCUGAGCUCCCUGUUGAGGACAAGUCCCAUGCAAUCCUUGCACAGGCUCUUCAAAGUCAGGCUAAAAAGUUCAAGACUGUAGUAGCCAUCGUGGAUGCUAGUAGCUUGGCAGGUCUCAGAACAAAUUGGAACACUCCUGUUCCUCCAGAGGUAAAGGAAUUAGUUGACCAUCUUGUUGUAGAUGAUGUAGGUGAUGGGGAAACCUCAAACCACACUGACAAUAAGCGGUUGUUAUCUAAUAAAUCUGUGGCGGCAGUGGGUGCUAGUGCAACAGCUGUUUUAGGAGCUUCAUCCAUCUCUAAAGUUAUUCCUGCAUCAACUGUCAUGAAGGUUGUGACUUGGAAUAUUCCUGCUUCAGUUAAGUUAGCUAUGAGUCAGACCCAGAAGGUAGUAGGAAUCGCACUGGGUAAAACUCUUGGUCCAUCAAAAUUUGUGGUCCCUGGACUUGCAAAUUCUGGAGCAAAUUCGUCUCUCUUCAAGGCAGCUGCUUCAGCCGAAAAAAUCCGAACAGUGGUCCAUGGUGUUAUUGCCUCAGCUGAAAAGACCAGUUUUUCAGCAAUGAGAACAGCUUUCUAUGAAAUAAUGAGGAAAAGGCAGGUGCAGCCAAUUGGGGUCCUACCAUGGGCUACUUUUGGGUGUAGUAUUGCAACUUGCACCAGCUUGCUUGUAUAUGGAGAUGGUAUUGAAUGUGCAGCUGAGUCUCUUCCUGCAGCACCCUCAAUUGCCAGUUUGGGUCGUGGGAUUCAGAGUUUACAGCAGGCAUCUCAGGCAGUGAGGCAGAAAGAUGAAAACAGAAUACAAAAAUCUAUAGAACGCUUAAUGUACAGGUUGAAGAAGGCAAAGAUUCAAUAGGGCUGAUUCUUGUAUUUAAUUAUUGUAUACUAUUAAGUAUUUGGUAACGUGAUGCCUGAAGUUGAGGUAAGAAAGAACACUCUGUACAUAAAAAUCCAUAGCAGCGGUUGUUUGUUACAGCUUGAUUCAUGAGUGCUCAAGGCAAUUUUUUUUUUUUUAAGUUAUGUUAAUACAUUUCACAUUUUAUUAAAUAAAUGCAGGAUUUAUCUUUAUCCA